AUGGCUAUCUGGAUUAGUCAAGGCUGUAUUGCAAAAAAAUACUCUAUACAAUUAAACAUGACUAUCAAAAUGAUGAACAACCCUCUCUCAAACAUGCUCUACAUCAUAAACUAUCAUCUCAUGCUACCGUUAUUGACAUGUCCCAAUAAAAAUGCAUCUGCAGCUAUCACUCAACACACAUUGAAGAAGAUAAUCAAGAUGUUGUCCAACUCUAAAUUAUUUGCUUUUGAGAAAAAUUAUGACAUAUACAAAUAUUUUGCAAGCAUAUGGAAAUUAAAGCUACAACAGAAAAAAUUGAUGAUUAGAAAGGCCCAAGACAAAAUCAGCAAAGGAUGCUAUUUUUUCAAAGGGCAAAACAAGACAAAGAAACUUGUGACUCAAAAAGAAAGAUUAGAUUUUCUGCUUGCCUUGGAUGAAAGGGGCUUUCUGGAAGAGUUUUGA